UCAACUGGAAAUACGAUACAGCACGCACUGCUUUUAAGUCAAGCCCCAGCCCUACAGCAUGAAAUAAAAUCAGUUUCUUUCUAAAUUCGUGAGCAGUCAGUCGCCGCUCCGAUUCGGUUUCUAAAUUUCUAGUAAACAAAUUUGAUUGGCUUCUAAAUUUUUUUCAUUCGAAUAUCCAAAUUUAAAUUCAGUUUCGACUUGCAAUAUGUUGGUUUCAGGCAAAAGCGUUUGCAAAGUUUCCCAGUCGAUCUUGCAACUGUCCCGGCUAAAUCUAUUUGGUAGACGAUGUCCAUGUGCUGUGCAACAGCACCGUCUAUUGGACACACUUUACGGUACGGAGUCCUGCGAAGAGUGUGUGGAGGCCUACGUUCUCCCUACACUGAAGAAGGGUCUGAAGAAAAGGGAGAAGCCCGACACGUCGAAGGUACCGGAACCAUGCUGGCAAGCUCUCCGCCGCACUGAAUACAAAUGCCGCACCGACCCCGAAUUCAACCUCAGUGCAUGGCUCGAUACCAGAAAAGAAUGUAUAGAGGACGAUUGUGCCACGGAAGUUCCUCGUUCUGACUUGACCAAAUAUAGACCUGGAGACAAGCUGAAUCGAAAAUACCAGCGCACGUGGGUUGAGUGCGUGCUGAAGCGUCGUAAGAUGAGGGCCAAGUGUGUCUUCAAGCCCCCAAGUAUGGAACGUCGUAAGCGCAAGACACCAAAGAAGGGUAGCUGUGAUGUAGGCACCUGCACAUUGGGUGCUCCGAAGUUGGCGCUGGCUCACUGCACAGAUUUCUCCAAGGACAAGAAAUGCCCGAGACAAACUUCGCCCGGCUGCGGUGCCGCACGUAUUCCUGGCAAAUGCCGUCGUGGCGACGGUAGAGCACCGAAAGACUGCCGCAAACGCCUCACCAAAUACCCAAGUUUCUCCGAGUGUCUCAUGGAUCCGCUUCCAGAUGCACCUCCAACAGAGUGCAACUGCCUUCAGAAGCCAUCCAUGUGCAGCGUUUGGGAAUACUUCCGCAACAAAAAGUCCUAGACCGACUAGCACGAGCUCGCGCCAGCCAACUCUUGGGCAUGCUUUCAAGGGGCUGCAGCAAGUAUCGUACCAGUCGAACUAGUAUAGACUAGUACAAAUAAAAUAUACAAAUAAAAAUCAAA